UGCAGGCUUCUGUGAUUACACCCUGCACAGCACGUCAGACCAACGAACAGGACGACGGGGGCCACGAGCACCAGAGGGCUUUUUUUGAAAGCUUACACUUGUAGGAUUAUGGACGUUUAUUUUCCUCCUGGUGAACUGGGGAAACUGAAGGAUUUGAAGGAAUCUCUUUGAUUGCUCUGUUGUGGUGUUGAAAGUAGAUGAUACAUGUCUCCUUGGAAAAUAGAAAUACUUUUAUUUCAACUUUGAGGAUCUUCAGAGAGAGAGAGAGAGAGAGAGGAAAGAAGUUUGGCUUCAUCUACAGUAUAUGUAACCAAUUCAAGUGGAAGGAAUAUUGAGAUCCAGGUUUUGGAGUUGGAGAUUUGCUGUGGAUGUUUUCCAUGCCUUGUGGAUAUACAGUGUGGUUUUGAUCACGCCGAGGCUUGCUGUCGGAUCUGGAGAAUUGGCAGGUGUGACAUUUGAUUUGGGAACGUCUGAAGAAAGACUCGCUUGUGCGCCUGACCCAUUUUUAUUUAUUUUCUUCGUGACUCAUAUAUCACGUUUCUGACGGUGCCCAGCAGACGUCCACCUGCUCUCUCCUCAACCUUUUAUGCCGCUCCAAAUUCACUCUUUCAAGGAGCCGAGUCAGUAACUCCGAAAAAUACAUGUUUAUGUUCCUCUGCUCUGGCCGUUGUUCCUCUCCUAGUCAUUUCUUCCCCUGAACCUGUGUAUGAAACAGCUUCUUCAAGGAGCAAGUGGUUUUGGAGACGCAUUUAAAAGUGUUCCCAGCGUGAGGAAAGAGUAGAGGGAGAAAUGGGAACAGAAAACACUGCCCUUUCUUAAUGAAACACGGACCACAGAGGACCCAUCUUCCAGGACGUAUAAUAACAAACCAAGUGCAUAAACGUGCAUGCUCAGUCAGUGAGGCGACUUCUUGUGCUGGCCAGAGUGUGUGAUAGUCACUUUUCUUGCUGGUGCUGUGACCGUUCCAGAAGAUUCCGGGUUGUUUUAAAACAAGUGAGACUCCCGGACUGAGACAGGGAGAGCAGAAGCAGAAAACACAAGUGCUUUUGCCAUUGCAUUUCUGAGCGUUAAAAAAAGUGUGACUAAAACAAUUGAGACAUAACCACAAAAUAUGGUAAUGGAUCCCUCAUGUCAAGACACGGCAGGACAUUGUAAGAGGAACGGCUCCAGAAGACACGCGCUCUCCUGCAGUCGGAGAGGACAGAGUAACGCCGGCUCCGGGCCGGGUCAGGGCCGGAGACUGUCCCCGCUGGCCGUCCUGCUGCCCGUCUGCGUCCUGCUGUGCGUGUGCGGGAGCGGCGCGGAGGGGGUGGUCCACUCCAGCUUCCGGCGGCUGAGCGGCCGCGAGAAGAAGGAGAUGCAGCGGGAGAUCCUGUCGGUGCUGGGCCUGCCGGGCCGUCCGCGUCCCCACCCGCCGCUGCGCCCGCCGUCCUCGGCGCCGCUCUUCAUGCUGGACCUGUACCACGCUGUGUCCGAGGGCGAGGAGGGCCGAGGGGGCCGGCUGGCCGCCCCCGGCAACGGCCACGGCCACGGCCACGGCCACGGCCACGGCCACGCGCACGACUUCCCCACCCUCAGCCCGCACAUGCCGCCCCUGGGCUCGGUGGUCAGCGAGGCCGACACCGUCAUGAGCUUCGUCAACCUGGUGGAGCAUGAGCGGGACCUGCUUCAACCACGUCCGUACUGGAAGGAGUUCCGUUUCGACCUCACACCCCUUCCGCAGGGAGAGACGGUGACGGCGGCGGAGUUCCGCAUCUAUAAGAGGCUGACCAUGGGCCAGAGGGCCAACCACACGCUACACAUAUCCGUCUACGAGAUCCAGCGAGAGAACAGACACAGGGAGCCAGAGCUGGUGCUGCUGGACAUGCAGUCCGUGCCAGCGGGGCAGGAGGGCUGGCUGGCGUUUGAUGUGACCUCGGCCAGUAACCGCUGGCUGCUGAACCCACGGAGCAACCUGGGCAUCCGGCUCUACGUGGAGACCGAGGAGGACCGAUCGCUGUCUACAGGAUUGGUGGGGCUGAUUGGACGGAGGGGGCCCCCCUCUAUGCAGCCCUUCAUGGUGACAUUCUUCCGGGCCAGUCAGGCCCCCUGUCGCCCUCCACGAGCCGUCAGGCCCCGCAAGAAGAAACCCAAGUAUAGCCUGCCACACCCCAACCGACCGGGGAUAUUUGAUCAGAUUCCCACAAGUGGCCGCCAGGCAUGCAAAAGACAUGAACUGUAUGUGAGCUUCAGUGAUCUGGGAUGGAAGGACUGGGUGUUGGCUCCUCGGGGUUACUCUGCCUAUUACUGUGAUGGAGCGUGCGACUAUCCCUUAGGGGCUUGCAUGAAUGCCACCAACCACGCCAUGAUCCAGCUAGUGGUCCACCUCCUGAAGCCAGAUGAGGUGCCAAAGGCGUGCUGUGCCCCUACCAAGUUGAGCCCCAUUUCUGUGCUCUUCUACGACGACAACAACAAUGUCAUCCUCAAGAAGCAUCGCAACAUGGUGGUCAAGACCUGCGGCUGUUUAUAGCCCCCUCUGGCCCAAUGUGCUAGGACUCCCAAGGACUCACACACACACACACACACACACACACACACACAUACACACACACACACACACACACACACAUAUAACACACACUGAGCACACAAAGCUACACAAUACUCAAGAGCAUUUACAAGCAUAAAUGACUUCCCAUCAAUGCAGUUUGCUGUUAUCCUGUAUGUUAGGGGCUAAGCAGUAAUGAUGAAAAAGGACUCAAUGGUAUUGUUCUCCUCUUCUCGUGAUUAUUCUACCUAGAACACACAAUGAUACAGCUCAUGACAAAGCACAAAUUCUCCAGGUGUGGGUGGGGUCUGCUAAGCCACUCUUACUCCAUGGGUCACAUCUGGGCGCUCAUAUGCCUGUGUUUGGUUCACUCAGAUUCCUUGCGUUAUGUUGAAUUCAACACACCAACAUGUCAAUUUGUACCAAUAUAUUAUUUUCGGACAUCUUGGAAUGUAAUGAAAACGUUUUUCCCUGCUACUUUUCAAGAUAUUAUUUAAUUGAGAUUAUAUAUGUAUAAUGUUAUAGCGACAUCAUAAAGGGUACAAGUCUUCCAAAAAAAUGCCUUUUGGAAAUCUGUUCACACCCUCUUGAAUUAUCUCUGCAGGUCCAUGCAUUUCUCACACACUCUGCUAGUACAGUAUGUCUGUUAAUUUGAAAUUGGUUUUCUGAAUCUUAAAUGAAAUGUUUGUUUUCAACAGCAUUCAUGUGUUCGGCACAACAAAGGUAAUGGUGAAAUGAGAAAUAGGGAGUGACAGCCUAUUUUGGGCCAGCUUUAGUUACUGAGGACUGGUGGCCAUUUAACAUACCCUGGGAAUCCAGAGUUCUCGCGGGAGCACAAUUUGAAUUGUGUCUGCAAGAUACUCUGGCAAUGAGCAAUGAUGCACGUUACAUGCACGUUUUACCCCAGGCAUUGGAGGAAAACAAUCACAUUGGUGUAUCUAAUAUGCGGGCCAGAGGCGAGUUAAACUGAUGACGACAGAGCUGCAACGUUCAAAGUCAGUAAACAUUGGUCGUAGCGUUAUCCAAUUGCAUCGAAGUCUGGAAUCAGUCAGAGUAGACAUUGGUUGUAGUGUUAUCCAAUUGCGUGCAGUGAGAUUUUCAAAUGCAUGCUUGGUGCCACCUCUUGAGUUAGGCCA